AUGGGCUAAUCAUAAUUAGGCCCAUAUAAUUCAGACAAAUCAUUUUCAAUAAUUCGCUUUUAUUAAGAUAAGCAGUGUUCAUUAAGUGAAGACAUUAAUCAAGUAUUCUUAAACAAUGCCAUCAAUUUUAGUCAUUGGCAUUUUAUGAUUCAUUAAUCUUUGAUUAUAAAUGGAUAUUUCUUUUCAAAUUGCAAACUCACAUUCAAUUCAUCUUUAAAUCAUAAUUACUCAAGAAUUAUAUUACAAAAAGAAAAUAAAAUUUUAACUUUUCAACAUGAGUUUGAAAGAGUAAGCAAUGACUUUCGAUUUAAAUAAAAAUCUAAUACAACAAACACAAUAAUAGAGGAAGUCAAUCUUAUUGAACUAUAUAAAUAGUUAAACAUAUAAUAAUAAGACAAUAUGUUAAUUUUAGAUAGUUUUGGUACUGCUAAUACUACAAUUCAACCUUCUAUUAGAGGAAGAUAAUCUAAUUAGACAAAAAAAUUAUUCUAAUAAUCAUCAGAUGAAGAGGAUUUUACAGACUUUGAAGAUAAAAGUGAUUCAUAUAGUCCAAUUCCUUCUAGAAUUCAUGAGAAUCAGUAAACUUAAAUAUAAAAAAUACAUUUCCCUUCUGAUAGUGAUAGUGGAUAAGAAAUUCAUAAACCAUAUUAUACAUAAAAGUAAUCAAAUUAUUAAGAAUCACCUUUAUCUAUAACAAAUCGCAUUAAAAUGGAAGAAGAUUAAUAGGAAUAAGAAUUAGUUUAUUAAAUAAAUUCUGAACUUAGAAAUCUAAAAAAUAAAAUAGAAAAGAAUAUUGGUCCUUCAUAUAAAAAUUUAGAUGUUUCUGAAGAAUAUACAACUAAUUAUUAAAAAUUAAUUGAAAAGUAGCGCAAUUAAAAAGUAUUUGUUAUGAAAAUUCAUUUUAGGCCAUUUCAACUUAAGGCAAUUCAUAACAAUUAUAAUAACAUUGUGGGGAUAAAUAUUAAUCUAAUAGCUCUACUAUUUUGAAUUAUAAAAUUGAACAUCCUAAAUAAAACUAAUUUAAUUAACAAAUAUCUAAGGAUAAAGAAUAUUAAAAACCACCAGACCAACAAAUUAAAUAUAUUUCAGUAAAAAUCAACUCAAAUACAAAAUUGCCUUCAAAUUCUUAAAAACAAAAAACACCUAACACAAGAUAACCAUAAGCUCCUUUCUCUUCUUAAUAAAUAUUGAAAUCUCCUAGAGAUCCUAAAUAAGCGAGCAUUUUGAGUCAUACUACUGGUUCUGAAUCAGAAUGUAAUUUAAAUACUUUCAAAUAAAAAAACCCAUAACCACAACCAAUAAACAUAAAAAUAGAUUUAAAAGGAAUGUCAAAAAAGAUAGGGUGA